AUGACUUAUAGGUACAGUCAAGAAUUAGCACUAAACAUUUAUGAAAAGCCUCCCCAAAAUCCAGACUGGCUUCAAAAGUAAGAAAAUAUAGAUUUGAUCUUAAACAAGAUUAAAUAAUAGAAUCUGCUUAAAAGAAUUCAAUACACUAUUAAUGAAUAGAUACAAGAAAUUGACCCUUUAUUACUCAGAAGUCAUCGAUUAAACAAAAAAUUGAAAGAAUUUGAUCACUAUCAUGAAGAAUAAAUCGAAACAUAUAGAAAGAUUUUAUAAUCUGAUAGAGAGUAAAUAACAAAUGCUAUGUCUCAAAGAAGAAGAAUGGGGUCAUUUGUGAAGCAUGUGAGAAGCAUUAGUACAACAGUAUUGAAGCCUAGUAGACAUAUUUAAAUCAAUAAUAUUGUAAAUCCAUAAAACAAUGAUAAAAAGGUUGAACAUCAAGUUAUUACAAGAUAGAAAAUCAAAUCGAUACAAGAAAAUAGAAAAACAAUUGAUAAUUGCUCCAAAAGACUUUAAUAAUUAUUUAAGGAGGACUCAUCGAAUCAAGUUUCCAGAGUUCAGAGCCAUUUGGAACAAAGAUCGAAAAUUAAAAAAAAAUCAAUUGAGUUAAUUCGAAACCUUUAUUGA